UCCCCUCCCCUCCGCCUCCUCCUCUCCUCCCUCCAGCUCUGAGGACCCAGAAGACACCACUACGGGUGGGCAGAGAAGCUCGGGGCACCCCGGGAGCCCACCGCGCCCGCCCCGCUGGAGCCCCGGGAGCACGGCCGGUCCAGGUUACAAAAUGUCCUAUGCUUGAGAUCUACAGACAACAUGUCCUACAGGAACUAAUCAGUGGUCUUUCUUCUCCUGGAGAUACAUUAGAAGCAUAAAUAUGGUGCCAAAGGAACUCCUUAUCUUUCUCUGACUACAAUUUAUUUGGACAUACUUUUGUAUUUGAAGAGAGGCAUACACACUGAGUUUACUCAUUGUGCAAAGACUCUGUUGUGUAGGAUCAUGGACCAUCCUGGUAGGGAAAAGGAUGAAAGACAACGAUCAAGUAAACCCAUGGCACAAAGGAGUGCACACUGCUCCCGAUCUUCUGGCACGUCAUCCUCUGGGGUUCUCAUGGUGGGACCCAACUUCAGAGUUGGCAAGAAGAUAGGGUGUGGGAACUUCGGAGAGCUCAGAUUAGGUAAAAAUCUCUACACCAAUGAAUAUGUAGCAAUCAAACUGGAACCAAUAAAAUCACGUGCUCCACAGCUUCAUUUAGAGUACAGGUUUUACAAACAACUUGGCAGUUCAGGUGAAGGUCUCCCACAGGUAUACUACUUUGGGCCAUGUGGGAAAUACAAUGCCAUGGUGCUAGAGCUCCUUGGCCCUAGCUUGGAGGACUUGUUUGACCUCUGUGACCGAACAUUUACUUUGAAGACAGUGUUAAUGAUUGCUAUUCAAUUGCUUUCUCGAAUGGAAUAUGUACACUCAAAGAAUCUCAUUUACCGAGAUGUUAAGCCAGAGAACUUCCUGAUCGGCCGACAAGGCAAUAAGAAAGAACAUGUUAUACACAUUAUAGACUUUGGACUGGCCAAGGAAUACAUUGAUCCUGAAACCAAAAAACACAUACCUUAUAGGGAGCACAAAAGUUUAACUGGAACUGCAAGAUAUAUGUCUAUCAACACACAUCUUGGCAAAGAGCAAAGCCGGCGUGAUGAUUUGGAAGCCCUAGGCCAUAUGUUCAUGUAUUUCCUCCGAGGCAGCCUACCCUGGCAAGGACUCAAGGCUGAUACAUUAAAAGAGAGAUAUCAAAAAAUUGGUGACACCAAAAGGAAUACUCCCAUUGAAGCACUCUGUGAGAACUUCCCAGAGGAGAUGGCAACCUACCUUCGAUAUGUCAGGCGAUUAGACUUCUUUGAAAAACCUGAUUAUGAGUAUUUACGGACCCUCUUCACAGACCUUUUUGAAAGGAAAGGCUACACCUUUGACUAUGCCUACGAUUGGGUUGGGAGACCUAUUCCUACUCCAGUAGGGUCAGUUCAUGUAGAUUCUGGUGCAUCCGCAGUAACUCGAGAAAGCCACACACACAGGGAUCGGCCAUCACAACAGCAGCCUCUUCGAAAUCAGACUGCAUCGUCAGAGCGCCGAGGAGAGUGGGAAAUCCAGCCCAGCCGGCAGACCAAUACCUCAUACCUGACGUCUCACUUGGCUGCAGACCGCCAUGGGGGAUCAGUGCAGGUGGUUAGCUCAACCAAUGGAGAGCUGAAUGUGGAUGACCCCACUGGAGCCCAGUCGAAUGCACCAAUCACAGCUCAUGCUGAGGUGGAGGUAGUGGAGGAAGCUAAGUGCUGCUGUUUCUUUAAGAGGAAAAGGAAGAAGACUACUCAGCGCCACAAGUGACCAGUGCCUCCCAGGAGUCCUCAGGCCCUGGGGACUCUUGACUUGAUUGCACCUGCAGCUCCUGCCAUUUCUCAUUGGAAAAGACUCCUCUGUGGGGGAGGAUAGAGAUCCAAACCAAAAAGAAGAAAAUAGAUGCCCCCAGAAGGAGCCAGUGUGGGCAGCCAGGGCCCAGUGGACCAGUGGCCAUCCCAAACCUGUCUAACGCUCUGAGCAGGUCCCAGAGCUGCUGCUCUUACACUGCUUGCCCGCGUGGCUGCCUGGUUGACUCUCCUUCCCAUUGUUUACAGUGAAGGUGUCAUUCACAAAAACUCAAGGACUACUGUUCUCUUCCCACCUCUUCCUUUUCUCCUGGUUCUUGUUCUAUCCUGAACCCUCUCCAGGGUCAAAGCUAGUGAGCUGAAGGCUUUGUCCCUAGGAAAGGGGCUCAAGAGAUUGAGGGUAUUGCCAAGAAGGUAGGAGGAAGAUGGUACACCUGGGCCAGAGGAGAAACUUCUCCACUUCCUAGGUGUGUCUGGCAGUGUGGUGUCUUUCUCUCUGUGCUUGGGCAGCCUCUAGCCCAGUUGGCCAGGUUCCUUCUUCCCUCUUUCCUGCGAAAUUACACUGUAGGACACAAGCUGUGAGAAAUCUGCAGUCUACUGUCCCUGUGUGUUGGCAUUCUUAGCUCUCUUGACAAACAGAUUCCUUUCUCCAGGCAGUAGUAGGACAUGCAAAUUGUUCUGAGCAAAGGAAAGAAAACUGACUUUAUUGCACUUUUAGGGUUUUGUUGUUGUUUUUUUAAAAAAAAAAGAAAAAGAAAAAGAAAAAAAAUCCAUGACAGAUGCAUAUUGUGUCUGGUUAUAUUGGGGGUUUUAUUUUUUCAGUUGUGAGGGAACAGGCCAGCCAAGCCAUUCAGAGAGAACCUGGGUCCAGAGGACAUACUCAAUGGAAAGUUAGACCUGCAGCCCCCAGAAGAGAAGAAGCCAAACUCUGUCAACUCACGUUGACAAGGAAACAUACUUGAAUUUUCAUUCAUCUUCUCAGCUGCUGAAGACAGCCCCCACCAGAGCCUCUUGACCUAACGAGCCUGCCGUUUGUAAGCCCAGCUCUCCUGCAUGUGAAAUGAGCAGCCACGCCAGACCAGGAAAUGGCCCAUCCCAGAGAGCAGAUGCUUCUCAAAAAGAAAACAACGCAAAUGUCUUUUUCCUUCACUGCCAGGGACUUCCUACUAGAUAGCCAUGUUGACUUUCUGGUGACAAAAUUUCUGAUUAAACAGCCACCACCAUCUUGCCACUAGUGGACAAAAAGAGGGUAGUGAACCUGCCUUCAGCUAACUGCCAGAGAAGCCUUGGGGUACAGCACCAUAUAUCCAGGAAAAGAAAAUUGGUAAUACUCUGUCUGCCUCAAUACAGAGUGGUAGCAUUCAGGCUGGCCUGCCUUGUCAGAAACAAAGUAUACAGCGAUGUCCAACCAGGUCUGUAACCGCGGAUUAGAAACUCAGCUCCUGUGGCUGCAGUGACCAGGAGGGUAGGAUCAGUUGGUGCUGGGAAAAGGAUACUGUAGUGGAAAGGUCUAAAAUUAUGUUCAACUGAACAUAGACUCCUUCCAGAUAAGAUGGCCAUUCAUCUACGCACAUUUUUCCCCAGUGCAUGGUCUUUCCCCGCCACCAUGCUGUAUUUGCAUGACUUGCUUAAAACCGAGAAUCUUGGUUCCUCAUUCCCUGUUUUGAGGACUUAAUAAUUUGUGGGGUUACUCUUCUUAUGCUCCAUUUUCAUUUGAGUUAAGUGGCCUUUCCAAACAGUGACUUCUCAUUCCAGGUGUGACAGAAGGGAUUUUUCACAUCAGGAAAAGAGGUUUGGUAUCUGAGAGCAAGGAGCUAACCAUGCAGGACAGUGGCUAGUGACUUGGUCUGAUGGUUUGUGGGACACAGAAAUUCUUGCCUCUGGCUUUUCGAAUAGGAGUAUGGGGAUAUUUUCUGGUAGUUGACGACGUUUCCUGAUAAGUCGCUGCACGUAGCUUCCAUAGAAGAAAAGUAGCAUUCUCGUAAGUCAUUGGGCUUCACCUGUUCCAUUGAAUCUUGGCUGGGGAAUAUCUCUUCACUGGCUCCCACCCUGCUUAGCUCAUAUAAAGACUACAAUUUGCCAUUUCUUUACAAGGAAUGUUUCUCCCUAUGAGAUAGUGGCAGGGAGAGACUGUGUCACACCUUUCCCCACAGGGCUUUGAAUGUUGGAGUCGGCUUCCUUUUUGUUCCUAAUGCUUAAAGCCAUCACUGAGAUUUUAUAAUCAUUUGGCAUUUGGGCAACCUUUAAAUCCCCACAUAGAAAUUUUUAGCUUCCUCAUCCCAGCUUAGAAAACGCCUUGCCGCCCAAAGGAGGGCAGGGGAAAUGGUGGCAAAGCCUGGAGCAUCCUGGCACUAUGUACCCCCACUAAGUGCCUCCCCCGACCCUGCAUCCGCAGGAAAAAUAAUCAAAGGCAGUAAGCCGCAUGGCUGUAGGACUGUCUUGCUGAGCUUUUUUUUUUUUUUUAGUUUUUGUAUAGGCUAGCUCUUGAAGGGUUGGACAUGAGUUAUUGGCAGGAGUAGGGAAGGGUGCUUGCUAAUGUACUGUUCUCACCCUCCAACCCCUGCAAAUUCCCUCAUUAUUAAGGUUUUAAGACAAAGACAAAGAGCUCCAGGUCCCGUUAGCAUGCAGGGUCAUGGUGAUUUUUCCAAGGCCAUUGAUACUCCAAGGUGACCCUGAACCUGAGAUACUCUGUUUCGGUGUUCUUAAAACUUAAAACAAACCCUAAAACCCCUCAAAACCAUGGCCCCCAGAAGCAUUUUGGCCAUCAGUUCCAUCCCCAGCAGCACACCAGGCCCCCGCCCCGGCCCUGCCACUUUGUCUGGCAUUGCCUCCAUUUUACAGCCAUGAUGCCCGAGGACCAUUUUCUUUUGAGAAGAAUGUCAUCAUUUUAAGGCUCAUCUUCUGUUCAUGGAAACCCACUAAGGAUUCCCUCCAGCCCUCCCAUUCCUCAGGUAUCAAAGCCUGCAUGGGCUGGGCAGAUAGGCCAGGAAGCCACAGCGACCCCGCAUCCCCCACCAGGACUCGUGCCUGUGCAGUCGCGAGGGCCCCGUGGGAAUCAUUUGCCUCUCACACCUUGGCACGUUCCUGAGUUCUGACUCCAGACUGCUGCCUCUGAGGGAGAGUGGGGCAUCCGCCAGCAGGCGAGCACUCAGGACUGCCUUAAUCACCAUUCCACGUCAGAGUCUGAGGGCAAACAGGGUUCAGGAAGUUACAACAUGACUAGAUUAGCCACAAGGUCAGAUUCUCUUAUUUUGGCAUGAGCUGCUGCAGGCAGCCAAGAUCCUGAGGUUGGUAGUAGAAAUGUUGAUUUCCUGUUUGUUCUCAGUGAGCUCCAAGUAUAUAGAAAUGGUCCCUGCCCAUCUUCUCUAGAGUAACUUCCAACCUACAUCAGUAGAAACAUACUGGUAGCGCCGUUUCAGUGUCAAGUUUCCAGUGUUAGUGAUCACUUUAAUGCCUGAAAAAUAUGCAAGUGGUAAUGUUACAUUAAAGUGGUUUCUAACACCAUAGCCUUAACUUCUUUUUUUUACAACAUAGAAUCCCCUCCUAGAGAGCAAGCAUGGCUGCAUUUCUCAUGGCAACUCUUAAAGGAGCUUGAUCCUCUGAUGCAUCCCUCCAUGUCCAGGCCAAUGUCACCACCCACUUUCCAUUCUCACUGAGUUGCCCUGACAACGUCCCCAGUGUGUCAGAGCCAUGCUAGGUCUAGGGCUUCUCACACUGGGAGUCUGUAAGGCCAUACAGCCAACAUUGCCUUUGCCGGGCCACUGCCACCGUCCCCAUGGUUACCCCUAGGUGGUGAAUGAAUUACAGAGACCCUCAGGGAGCCAGGAUACCAGGUACUCCAUCUGGAUGGGCCAUGUGGAUGACAGGCAUUUUGCUGUGCAGCUCUUGGUUUUGCAGAUUCCAAGGAAGUCCCAUCUAGAGGCUGGCCACCAGUGACUCCCCAGGAUGGGAUUCCUUGUGAGUCUGGGGGUUUUAUUAUUUUUUUUUUUGGAGGGGGAUGAGGGGGCUGAUUCUGAGAAAAAGAUGAGGCAGACAUGGCCCAUCUGUGGCUUUGUAGAGUUUUGAGCAGUGUUUUUGCCACAAGUUUUGGAGUCUUUGGUCCAAUAAGCAGUCUUAAAAAUGUUUUUCCUAGCUCCUUUUGCACGUGACUUAGGUGCAGAAGAAUAGGUUUCUCAUUGUAUUCAGAAUAGUAAAUAGGUCCCUGAAUACAGGCAAUAGUAGUUGAUGUAUUUUCUCAAAAAACUAACCAGGAAACCCACUCCAGUGUUUGUAGGUCAGCUUACAAAGGAAAAAGUGAGCAUGUACUCCAUAAUGCUUCUAGUCUGGUAACCAAACUUGAUGUUCUAAAGAAACCUCAGUUGUGUGGACAGGAUUUCUUUGACUUGUUUCUCAUUUACUCCUUACAAUCACGUUUCCGGUGCCAUCACCACCUUUCAGGUCUUAGCAGAGGAUUAUCCACAGUAACAAACUGGGGGGUCUAGUACAGCCAUCAUCCCAGGAAUGCAUAGGGGACCAUUGUCCUGACUGCCACCCCCCCCCCCAACAUGUCUUUCAGGGUAGGUGAGACAUUUUCAGUGUUCCUCUUCUUGGGCUCUAGACCAAAUCCCAGGCCAGCAUUUGCACCAAAAGCCUUUUAGAAGGCUUAUCAACCUAUUAGGAGUGUCUCGGGAAAGAUGAGCCAUUUCUUUGGGAAUAAAUAUAUUUAUAGGUGGGGGAGGGUAGAUGGUUGCAUGUGUGUACUCAUCUGUGUGAAUUUAAGACAGCUAGGCAGCUGGGAACCAGGUGUUCCCAAGUAUUUGCAGAGGUAAACCAAGUGUCUGAGCAAGCUGGCCCUGGGAAUGAGGCCCUUUGUCAAGCAGAGAAAGUAAUAGAAAAGAUAGAGAUAAAACCAAAAAUAUAACUCCCCAGUGGAAAAUAAUGGUGAUUUAGCAAUUCCCAUUGAAUAUCUUAUGUGGUCUAAUUUAUUAUAUUAUUAUUUGUCUGUUUCUUUCAUCUUUGCCCAUUAUACUCUUAAAAAGAUGUUGGAAUGUUGACUGAAAUUUUUUUAAACUAGAUAAUGUAUAAAUCAGCUAUGGAAAUUAGUUUUAAUCGUGUGAUGUGUCUAUUGUUAAAUGCCUUUUUUUUUAAACCUUUUUUUUUCUUGAUAUGUAAUGUUUCCUAAACCCUAGCACUGGUCAAUCUCAGCUGUGAAAAUGAAAUCGUAGUAUUUUAAAACAUGAAUGUCAAUUUCAAGUGUAUUUGAAAUGGUUCCUCCGAGAGAGAUUUUUAGACUAUUGGAAAAAACCAUCUGCCGAGGAAGUAGCUGCCUUUGGAGAAAAUAGAAAAUGGGUCCUGAUACGUUAUCUCAGAGUAGCCCCUUUCCUAGGGCACCGUGGAAAACACAAAUGUGAUCUUCAAGUAUACCUCUUCCUCAAUUUGGGGAAGAAAGGACUCAGUUUGCACCCUUUUUUGUAUGUAAAAUAAAAUGUCUUACCUUUCUUGGCUA